AUGGCCACUGCUGCUGUAGCCGUACCCCGAGGCGACGUCUCCGCCGACCUCAACUACUACCACCCACCUGCCGACGGCUCCGUGCCGUACAACAACAUCGACCCCGCGCCGCCUCUCCCCGAGCGCAACUACAGCGACGUCACGCUCGCCACCACCAUCCACGACAUCCGCGGUCGCGAGGCCGACUUCACCCUCGACCGCGACGCCUUCCAGGUGAUCCGCAACGUGCCGCCCUCCGCCGAGACCGCCUUUACCUCCGACGACUCCAUCACCACCCGCUACUACCCGGAGAUGGAGCAACUCCUCCUCGCGAACGUCCCCGGCGCCACCAAGGUCUACAUCUUCGACCACACCAUCCGCCGCUCCACGCCCGGCGCCCCGCGCGCCCCCGUCACCCGCGUCCACAUCGACCAGACCGCCAAGUCGGUCGCCCAGCGCGUGCGCCGCUACUUCUCCCCCGAAGAGUCCGAGGCGCUGCUGCGCGGGCGGCACCGCCUCGUCAACGUCUGGCGGCCGCUGAACCGCGGGCCCGUGGAGCGCCACCCGCUGGCGUUUGCGUCGACGCGCUCGCUCGAGGACGCGGACGUGGUGUCGGUGGAGCACAGGUACGCGGGGGGGUACACGGGCGAGACGGCCGCGGUGCGGCACAACCCGAAGCAAGAGUGGUACUACCUGAGCGGCAUGACGGGGGACGAGCGCCUGCUGCUCGAGUGCUUCGAUAGUGAGGCGCUGCGGGAGGGGUCCGGCGUGGUCGGCGGGAGGGCGCCGCACUCGGCGUUUGCGGAUCCCAGGACGCGCGUGGAGGCCGAGGACCGAGAGAGCAUCGAGGUGCGCGCACUCGUCUUCGGGCCGUAG